UCGAUUUCAUUUAGGCCUUUGUUGAUAAAAAUCAAAAUAACGUCAAAACGCGGUUCCAUGUAACGAAUUAUUUCAAGUGAAAAAUAUUUAAAAGUUUAAUUAAUUUGUAGAAAAAUGUGUUCAUUUAGUUCAAAUCACUAGUGAAGAAUCAUGAGUAAAAAUAAAGGCGCAGAUGAUAGCGUCAGAUCUCGUAAAAAAGCUCGCGUUGAUAAACGACGAGAAGAAGAGAGUCGCGAUGAAAGUGAUAUUUCCGAUACAGAUAAGUUUUCAGACGAUGAAGAAGGUGGAAUCCGUAUAGAUGAUAUCUAUAUUCCGCCAGCACCGCCGCCAGUUUGCUCUUAUGAAUCAAACGGACCUAGGCUCAUUAUCACUCACAUAGUUAACGAGAAUUUCAAGAGUUAUGCUGGUCGAGUGGUUGUGGGACCGUUCGAUAAGAGUUUUUCAAGCAUUGUUGGGCCUAACGGUAGCGGUAAAAGCAAUGUUAUCGAUUCGAUGUUGUUUGUAUUCGGAUACCGUGCCACGAAAAUCCGGUCUAAGAAAGUAUCCGUGCUUAUUCAUAAAUCAGAACAACAUCAACAUGUUCCCAGUUGCAAAGUUGAGGUUCAUUUUGCUCAAAUUCUCGAUAAAGAUAAUGGUGAGUAUGAUAAAAUACCAAAUUCCGAAUUCGUCAUAUCACGUACAGCGUUCCAAAACAGCUCUUCGUUUUACGAAUUGAACUACAAAAGGGUCCAAUUCAAAGAAGUGGCUAUGACCUUACGUAAACAUGGGAUAGAUUUAAUUCAUAAUAGAUUUUUAAUCUUACAGGGUGAAGUGGAACAGAUCGCCUUAAUGAAGCCGAAAGGACUGACACCUCAUGAAACCGGUAUGUUGGAGUAUCUAGAAGAUAUCAUCGGAACCACUCGUUACAAAGAACCGAUUGAAAAAUUGUUAGCUCGAAUUGAAGCAUUGAACGAAGAAAGGCAAGAAAAGUUGAAUCGUCUCAAAGUAGUUGAAAGCGAACGCGAGGCUUUAAGAGGACCCAUGGAAGAAACGGUGAAUUUUUUGAAAACCGAAAACAGGAUUACUCAUUUGAAGAACAAAAAGUUCCAGCUUCAGCUGCAUAAAAUCAACAUCGGUUUUACCGAAACUCAAAAGGAGAAGGACACGCUUGUCGAAGAAUGCGAGAAGAUCAAAGCGAAAUUAGAAGAAAUUCAGGCGCAAAAAGGCACAGAAAAAAGUGAAAUGGAUUCGUUGAAUAAGGCACUGAAAAAAUUGCUAACAAGAUACGAAGAGUGGGAGAAGAUCCGUCAAAACGCCGAGAAAAAGGAUACUGAAUUAAUCGAAGAGCUCAAACAGUUGAAGAAAAAUCAAAAGAAGACCGCCGAAAAUUUGAAAACCGAAGAAGAUAAGUUGGUAGGCUUACUGAAAGUUCCCGAGGAAAAUCAGGAGAAAAUAGAAAGACUAACGGAGGAAGAAGCAGAGCUAGAUCAACGUAGAAAACAAGAAGAAGCGGAUUUACAGAAGAUCAUGUCCAAUUUACAAAAAGAAACCAAAACGUUUCAAGAGGAAAAAGAGAAACUGCAGGCUGAACAAAUUAAAUUAAAGAAGAAAUACGAUGAAAUGCGUGCAGAGUUUGAACUGGCUAAAUCCGAGCGUGAUAUCUACGUGAGUUCUGAACAGACAGAAAAAACUAAGUUGGAACAGAUGGUCCAGAAAUUGAACGAAGUUACAGAAAUGUUGGGCGAGAAUAAAAGAGAGUUAUCUCAACUUCAGAAAGAUUUGCCUGAAAAAGAGAAACAUCUGCAAAGAACUCAGGAUCAUUUAAAAGCUGUGAAAGGCAAAGAUGUAUCUGUUACCAAUGAAUUGCGUAAAUAUCAAGCUCAACUGGAAGAGAAAAAAUCAUCCAUGAUGCAAAAUCGUUCGCAAAAUCGUGUUCUCAAUUUCAUAAUGAAGUUGAAAAUGGAAGGGAAAAUCAACGGUAUUUUUGGGCGCUUGGGAGAUUUGGGUGCGAUUGAUGAGAAAUACGAUGUUGCCAUAUCUACCGCUUGUGGAGCUCUUGAUUUCAUUUUAGUCGAUACUUCCAGUACGAUUAGUUCAUGUAUCAGAGCUUUGAAAGACAAUAAUGUUGGUCGUGCUACGUUUGUCGCUUUAGAUAAAAUAGCUCAUCAUUAUAAACGAUGUGUCCCCAACUUUAAAGGACCUGAAAAUGCUCCUCGUCUAUUUGAUCUAAUUCGUGUUCAAGACGAAAGAGUUAUUCCAGCUUUCUACUACGCGCUUCGAGAUACACUUGUGGCUGAUACAAUCGAACAAGCCAAACGUAUCGGGUACUUCUAUAACACUCGUCAUCGUGUAGUCUCGUUGGAUGGAGGAAUGGUCGAAUUAUCAGGUACCAUGAGCGGCGGAGGUCGCCAGAAAAUCAGAGGUAAAAUGGGAAGUUCGGUAGCCGUAUCAACAGAUGCCAAUUCGGCUGAAGAAAUUGGCCAAUUAGAAUCUCGUGUUACCACAUUGGAAACGCAACUACAACAAUUCAGAGAGCAAGAACACGAAUGCGAAGAUAUGAUCUCGAAAUUGGAGCCGGAAAUUAGAACGAUUAAGACGAGCAUAAAUAAAUUGACCGUGGCCAUUGAAAGCUUAACCAAACAAGAGCCCGAGUUGAAAGCACAAGUCAAAAAUCAAGAGAAAAAGGUCAAAGAAUGUGCUCCGAAUGAAAACCGUUUACGCGAAUUAUCGAAAAAAGUCGAAGGAACCGAAAAAGGUGCUCGAAAAGCUGAACAAGAAGCGAACGUAAUCGAAGAGAAAGUCCAAACGGUUCACAAUAAAAUCAUGGAAAUCACUGGUGGUAAAACUAAAGAAGCUCAGAAACGAUUAGACGACGUGACCAAAGAAUGGGAUAAAACUAGAAGCAACAUUACCAAAUUGCAAGUCGCCAUUAAAACUGCUGAAAGAAAUGCGAAAAAAGCUCAAGAAAGGAUCGAUAACAUGAAAGCGGAGCUGGAAGAAGCGACCAAAAGGUUGACCGAAAUUGAUACCGAAAAAGAAGUCGUGCAGAAAGACUGCGAAAAAGCAUCGGAAAAAGCUACUGAAUUGAAGACACAAAUUGACGAACAACAAGAACGUUUGGAAGUUUUACAAGAAGAACACAAGAAAUUUAUGCAAGAGGUUAAUAAAUUAAAAGGCGAUAAAUUAAAAGAAGAGCAAAAAAUCGAAGCUAUUGAUAAGAGACUGGAAGAGUUACAAAGAGAUAUUCCUCACAUCAAGCAAAAGUUGGAGAAAUUAACGUUGCAUAAAAUCCCGACGUUCAAAGAGCCUGCCGAUGAAGAUGAUCGUAACGAAGAAGAAGCACCUCAAUCAGCUGAAAACGCUGACGCUGCUGCUGCUGCGGCUGAACAAGCCAAAGAAGACGAUGUGCUUCUGACUUACGAUGCUGAAACUUUAGAAGCUGCUAGUAAUUCUGAUAUCAACGCAGAUAUACAAAAGGAGGAAGAACAUUUGAAAACUUUCACGCCCAAUUUGAAUACGUUGAACGAUUACGAUAAAAAGACUAAUCAAUACAUAGAACGAAGCAAAGAACUGAAAGAAAUCACCGAAAGACGCAAUGCCUGCCGAGAAGGCUACGAAGAAGCUCGUAAAAAUAGACUGCAUGAAUUCAUGAGCGGUUUCACCAUUAUCUCAAAUAAAUUGAAAGAGUUGUACCAAAUGUUGACUAUGGGAGGAGACGCCGAAUUAGAUUUACACGACAGUUUGGAUCCAUUCACCGAAGGAAUUAAUUUCUGCGUGAGACCGCCGAAGAAAUCGUGGAAAAAUAUCACGAAUUUGUCAGGUGGUGAGAAAACAUUGUCAUCUCUAGCUUUGGUAUUCGCUUUGCACUAUUAUAGACCUACUCCACUGUAUGUUAUGGAUGAAAUCGACGCUGCGUUGGAUUUCAAAAACGUAUCCAUUGUAGGGUACUAUAUCAAGGAGCGAACGAAAAACGCCCAAUUUAUCGUUAUUUCGUUACGUACAAAUAUGUUCGAAUUGGCAAACAUGCUGACGGGUAUUUAUAAAACGUACAAUUGCACCAAAACCGUCACCAUUUGCCCAGAUCAAUUGCGUAAAAAAGACCCUCAAGAUCCGUCCACGAGUAAAGACAGAAAUCCGCCGGAAAAAUCAAUGCCACCUCCGUCCAGACCGUUGGUUGCACCACCCGAAGAACCACGCAAACGUAAAUCGAAACGGUUCUCAACAGAAUUAGCCCAGCCAACCGAAUCGAAUAAUUCGGAUAAGGAAAACACAGACGAUGCAGAUUUAUCCGAUAUGGAUCAUAAUUCAAACGAACCCAUCCCUAGAGAAAUAAUGCAACCGGCUGAAAAACGUGAACGAGCUAAGAGACGACCUGUCACCAAACAACCUGUUGUCUUGGAUGAAGACACGAAUAGUUCUCAGAGCACCCUGAAUUUAUCGGAUAUCGAUCGUGAUCCGAACGAAAACGAAUUAUUGCAAGCCGGUUUGGCUCGUGAAAAAGCCGAAAAAAAGAACCAAAGACAGCAUGACGAUAAUUCGCUCAACGAAAAAGAAUUAAGAAGGGUGCUGAAUAAUUAUCAAAAUAGUAGAUCGACUAGAAAUUCUCGAAAGAUGGCAAAUGUAGAGAAUUUCGAGUAGGCUAAUUUAUUUUGAUGUUGUAAUUUAUGUAAUAUGUGAUGACCUUUUAAAAAAAUUAAAAUUAUCAAUAUAAACGUUUGUAUAGUUAAUCGAAGAGAUGUACCAUUUUGAAGCAAUAGGUGUUUUCAAUUAAUGUGGCAUUUCUUUUAAUUUUUUUUUCAAAGAAUAUAUUAUUUUUACAUAAUUUGUAUUAUUUUUUGUGCAGGUACGUGCAGAAAAAUAAAUUAUCAGGUUUGAUCAGGA